GAAGAAGGAGUAUCCCGACUUAUUUGAAUGGUUUUGUGUGGAGACGCUGAAAGUUUGCUGUUCACCGGGAACGUAUGGGCCAGACUGCCUCGCGUGCCAGGGCGGGCCCGAGAGGCCCUGCGGCGGGAACGGCCACUGCAGCGGGGACGGCAGCAGGCAGGGGGACGGGUCCUGCCGGUGCCACCUCGGCUACCAGGGGGCCACGUGCACCGACUGCAUGGACGGCUACUUCCGCUCGCCGAGGAACGAGACGCACAGCGUGUGCGCAGCUUGUGAUGAGUCGUGUAAGACGUGCAUGGGCCCUACCAACAGAGACUGCGGCCAGUGCGCGGUGGGCUGGGUGCAGGAGGACGGCGCCUGCGUGGAUGUGGACGAGUGUGCGGCAGAGACGCCUCCCUGCAGCGACCAGCAGUACUGUGAGAACGUCAACGGCUCGUUCGUGUGCGAAGAAUGUGAUUCUACGUGUGUGGGCUGCACGGGGAAGGGUCCGGGACACUGUAAAGAGUGCAUCCCUGGCUACACCAAAGAGAGCGGCCAGUGUGCAGACAUAGACGAGUGCGCAGGUGCAGAGAAGGCGUGCACGCGCCAGGACGAGAACUGUUACAACACUCCCGGGAGCUACGUGUGCGUGUGUCCCGAGGGCUUCGAAGACACGGGAGACGCGUGUGUGCGGACGCAGGCCCCGGGCGGCGAAGUCACAGAAGAAGACCCAACACAGCUGCCCUCACGUGAAGAUUUAUGAUGCGCGUCCGGAGGCCAGACCUGCCCUUUAAAUUAUUCAGACUGACGUCCUGGAAAUGCGGUCCUCACACCCCUGUUUCUCCAGGGGAUGGCGGAGGCGAAGCUGCCACCUUGGAAAUGGUUCAUGCCCAUUUGGCCCUUAAAAAAGCUGCAGUUCCUGGUUGUUCUUACACAGAUUUGUAUAUUUUGAUAACCGUUGUUUAUAAUAAAAUUGACCAUUGAAGGUAGUCAGGCACAGAAC